CCCCUUAAGGGCACCAGGCACUUGUGCCUGAAAAAAAAAAAAAAAUGAAAAAGUUAUGAAAUGCUGCCGCUGAUCAGACAGAGGAGGCUCUUCACCCCCGAGCCGUGAAGGACCUGAAUUCUGGCAGGUCAGCUGUGUCCUGUGCCAAAGAUGUUUCCAGAACAGCAGAAAGAGGAGUUCGUGAGUGUCUGGGUCCGGGACCCCAGGAUCCAGAAGGAGGAUUUCUGGCACUCUUACAUUGACUACGAGAUCUGCAUCCAUACCAAUAGCAUGUGCUUCACUAUGAAGACGUCGUGUGUGCGACGGCGAUACCGGGAGUUCGUGUGGCUGCGGCAGCGGCUGCAGAGCAACGCCCUGCUGGUGCAAGUGCCAGAACUUCCAUCUAAAAACCUGUUUUUCAACAUGAACAAUCGCCAGCACGUGGACCAGCGCAGGCAGGGGCUGGAAGAUUUCCUCCGAAAGGUCCUGCAGAACGCGCUGCUGUUAUCCGACAGCAGCCUCCACCUCUUCCUGCAGAGCCACCUCACCUCGGAGGACAUCGAGGCCUGCGUGUCCGGGCAGACCAAGUACUCGGUGGAGGAGGCCAUCCACAGGUUCGCCCUGAUGAACAGGCGCUUCCCCGAGGAAGACGAGAAAGACAAGAGAGACCACGAGGCGGAUUACGACUCGGAGAGUUCGUCCUCCGGGCUUGGACACAGCAGUGAUGACAGCAGCGCACAGGGCUGCAAAGGAAGCACCGAUGGCCAGGAAUCCUGAAGAGGGGCGGUGGCGACGUGACCGGCCGAGGGAGAGCAGAUCGUGUCAUUUCUGAGAGAGAAGAAAGCUUGUUAAUAACACGUUCUUUACCAGGAGCUCACUGCCGCCACGCGGAGCUCUCCAAAGUCUUAGGGGCGGUGGCUGGGUCGCUUGUUAGCGGUUUGUUCUUUCUGUGUCGUCUCAUCUCAAGCCAAGCUUUCAUGAAAAGCUCCAAGCCUGUGAAUGUGAAAUUACCCUUUCCAGCCAAAACCCUCCCCGGCAAGCGGGAUGCUGCCCUGAAGUGAAGCGAGUUAACAUACACAUUGAAAAUGACCUCGUGGGUUUUAUGGACUCGAGAGAUGGGUCAACAACACAGGGUUAGGGUUAGGAUAAGCAGGAUGGGAUGGGGGGGGGGGGCAGGCAGCAUACUCUGCCGAGGGGUUUGAUGGUAUCCCCAUCACCCCAGAGGGCAGCAUCGGGGGACCCCACGGCCCCCUGACACAGGUGGGGGAGCCUCUCUGACAGCAGCAGGACACGUCCCUUUUGGACGUCGGAGAGAACUAGUUACACGUUCUGGAACCUUUGUAGUAUUCUGUUUCCCACUGAAAUGGAAAAAUGGUCCCUAUGAAGACACUUAUUAAAAUCAUGUUUACACGGUAGGAAAAAAAAAAAAACAAAUAAUGCUGGUCAUUGUCCUCACAUUUGCCUCCUACACACUCAGAAGUACCAUCUCCCUGUCCCCAAUCAGCUGAAAUAAACGGUUUCUG